AUGGAUCCAUCAGGCACGUUACCACCUUAUACCCUGGAAAGGUAUGGGGGUUCUGCUGGUCCGGCGAGCUGUGCUUGUUGUGAAUUUGAUAUUCGCUUGCAAUGUGCAUCUUGUCCAAGUUCGAUACUCGUUAACAAACACCCACAUCAAUUGGCUCUCCACUUUGGUUCUCCUUACGAAGAUAAGAAUAUGGCAUAUGUUUGUGAUAUCUGCACUGUAAUAAUGAAAAAGGAUGAUUGGUUGUACUAUUGUUCAGGUUGUGAUUUCGGGUCACACUUGAAGUGUGCAAUUAGUCCUGAAGUUGGUGUUUUCCCCAAACAGCAGCGUCCAGUUCCAAAUCCAAAUCCAAAUCCAAAUUCUAAUCCAAAUCAUACCGUGGAAAUGAUAAAUGCAGCAAAUGAAGCUCAUGAAGAGAUUAUUGCAGCUCAACUUCGUGCUCAGAUUGAGGCACGAGGAAGAGAGGCUUGUCGGGACUUAGUUAGGCCAUCAGGAAGAAGAUACAGUUACAUCUAA